AUGGCUUCAGGAAAAGGCAAAGGAGGAAAAGUAGGCUCUAAAAUUGGUACCAAGAGAUAUAGAAAGGUUCUUGCUGGAUACUAUACCGAAAUUACUAAACCUGCUGUUCGUCGUCUAGCUAGAAGAGGUGGUGUCAAACGUAUUUCUUUCCCCAUUUAUGAUGAGGUACAUAAUGUUCUACGUCAAUUUUUGGAAAAAGUUAUUCGUGACUCUGUUGCCUAUGGUGAACAUGCAGAUCGUCGUACUCUAACCACAAUGGAUGUAGUCUAUGCUCUAAAGAAACAAGGUCGUACACUCUACGGUUUCCAUUCAUAA